UCAGAUGCUAAUAAAGAUUUUGGUAUCACUUUUUCAACUUUGGAAGUGCAAAGUGCAUGAAGUGCAAAAACAGAACAUACUCAGCUGGUCAGAUUUUCAAAGUUAUAACAUAAGAAUGGGACACAAAGUAAAAACCGAGGACAGUGUCCUAAAAACAAACUGUAACACGCAAUUUAACAAUGUUUCCAGGGAAUUUAUGGAGGUGAACAGAGAUAAGAAUCUAUGAGGAGAGAGGAAAAGAAGGCCCAGUACAGCUACAGCUGCCAAAGCUCAGGGGUUUCUUGGAGUAGCAUUAAAGACACUGCGUUACAUCUUCUUCACUGUUACAACACCUACACUACCCAAAAACAAAUAUUUUUCCAAGAAAAAAGAGUCUAGGAAAACAAUGUGCUAGAUUUAUAAGCAGAAAGUUAGAAUUUAUGCUUUGAUGAUUUCUCGUUGAGGAACAUGGGUUGUGCUCCUCAGAUUCUCCACAUGAUCUUCAUCGCCACUGUUUUUAUGCUUGUAUUAUCACAAAGUGCCCACCUUUUUAUUUCUGAUGCUUCAGUGGACGCACAAGGGUGCUUCAAAGCUCCUGGCCUACCAAGGGUGGAUUUCAUGGAGGAAAGCACUGAAGAUGUUAAUGAUGAGAAGAGAAUUGAGAAAGUUUCAGGAGAAGAUGAGAAUGAAGGGAAAGAAGCAUUGAUCGUUCUAAAGUUUAGAGCUUUACUUGGACUAAAGAGUUCCAAAAGAAGAAGCUCGUCAGUUGAGUUUGUGUCACCAGCACCUUCCCCAUCACCCACCAUUGAAGCUGAGCCUCCAGCUUUUGCUCCUGCUCCUGCUCCAAAGCUACCAGUUCAUGUACAUUCCUAUUCUCCACCGCAUCACAACCAUCAAGCCUCACCACCACACAAGAUUGGGAGGGGGGAGCACGAAGAUAAGAGUAGGCUUGAGACAAUUCUUGUAGCAGUUCUAGGGUCUAUAGGAGCUGCCUUCUUGUUUUGUGUUCUUGGGCUCAUUUGGUUCUCUGGCAAAUUCAUGGAGCAGAGGAAAAAAUCUGCAAGAAAAACUUCGAAGCAAAGGAAAAGAGGAAGAAGAAGCAGAGGUGAAUCGAAGUUUGUGAGUUCUCAAAGGUCACCAAGCAAGGUGAUCUUAAAUCCUGCCCUUGAUCUCUUGUAUCUUAAUUCAAUAGAAAAGGAUUUGGAGCAACAAACUACUUAUCUUAAUCGAAUUCCUGAAACUGUAAAAACGUUAUCAAAUCAUAGCACACCGAAGUCUACAAUACAUGAGAGGCAGGAAUCAAAGCAAGUAUUGGUAAUGAAAUCAGAUUCUGAUAAUGCCAGUAGUUCUUCCACAAGGGAAAUCAAGCAUGUUCAUGAUAAUUUGGAAUCGGUAAUGUAUGAAUCUGAUGGUGGUAACUCUUCGUCUGGGGAUAAAAUUAUUCCCGCUGAAUGUCAUUCAUCAGAUGAUGAAUCUUUUCACUCUUUUGUUGAUUCUCGAUCAUCUAAUGCUCGGCUUUCGAAUGCUUCGGCUGGUAGUCUCAACGAUAUUUCCGAAAUUUCCCCCUCAAACGCACUAAAGAUAAUGACAUCUCCUUCACCAGCUCCAAAAAAUCCAAACAUUCAAGAAGAAACACUAGUUCAUGAUAAGAAUUUAACAACUCAAUCCCCGUCACUGCCUCUGCCUCUGCCACCGCCCCCUCCCCCUCCACCACCUCCACUCACUUUGGCACAAAGAAUGUUCAUACCUCCUUCAAGCACAUCUUUGCAGUCUACCAGAAUGGCAUCUGAAGCUUCGAGUUCUUCUGCACUACCGAAUUUAUCACCUCCUAGGAAGCCAGGUGCUUCUUCAGGAUCAAACCGAACACCUCGUAAUGACUUGCCGACUUCACCUCAAAAGUCUCCCAAACCUACAGGUGCGCUAUUAAGUAUUCCUCCUCCGCCAUGCCCACCUCCAUUUCGGAAAGGAAAUAAUAGCUCUGCCAAUUGCCCACCUCCUCCACCAUGCCCACCUCCAUUCCUGAAAGGGAACAAUGGCUCUGCCACUGGGCCACCUCCUUCGCCAUCUGAUCAGCUUUCUCAAUAUACACCACUGGGAAAAGAUGGAGCACCACUGACAAAAUUGAAGCCACUUCAUUGGGACAAAGUUAGAGCUGCACCAGACAAAAGCAUGGUGUGGGACAAGAUAAGAUCAAGCUCAUUUGAAUUAGAUGAAGAGAUGAUUGAAUCACUAUUUGGGUACAGUUUCCAAAGCACAGAGAGGAAUGAUGAAGCGAAGAGCAAAACUCCUUCACCAAGCAAGCAUGUGCUUGAGCCAAAGAGACUGCAGAACAUCACCAUUCUCUCAAAAGCCAUUACUGCAACUGCUGAGCAAGUGUGUGGUGCACUAAUGAGAGGGGAUGGCUUGUGUUUACAACAACUCGAGGCACUGGCAAAGAUGGUACCUACUGAGGAAGAAGAGGCUAAGCUAUUCGGUUAUAAAGGAAACAUCAAUGAGUUGGGGUCUGCAGAGAAGUUUGUUCGAGUAGUUCUUAGCAUACCAUUCGCCUUUCAACGAGUUGAAGCCAUGCUUUAUAGAGAAACUUUUGAAGAUGAGGUGGUUCAUCUGAGAAACUCUUUUUCGAUGCUAGAGGAGGCCUGCAAAGAACUCAGGUCAAGCAGACUCUUCUUAAAGUUGCUUGAAGCAGUGCUCAAAACAGGCAACCGGAUGAAUGUGGGGACAAUCAGAGGAGGUGCGAAAGCAUUCAAACUCGAUGCACUCCUUAAACUUUCUGAUGUGAAAGGAACAGAUGGUAAAACUACCUUGCUCCACUUCGUUGUCCAAGAAAUAAUCCGGUCGGAAGGGAUUCGAGUAUCAGAUAGCAUUAUGGGGAGGAUCAAUCAGAAAAACAAAACUAAAACCGUCGAAGAAAGGGAAGAAGAUUACAGAAGAAUGGGACUCGACCUGGUUUCAGGUUUAAGCACGGAACUCUACAAUGUCAGGAAAACAGCUACAAUAGACCUUGAUGUUCUUGCAAGUUCAGUCUCAAACCUAUCGGAUGGAAUGGAAAAAUUAAAACAGCUAGUAAACAAGGACUUAUUGACCGAUGAAAAGAGCAGAAACUUCGUUCACACGACGAAAUCCUUCCUAAAUUAUGCAGCAAGGAAUCUAAAGGAGUUGCACGAAGACGAAGGUAGAGUCAUGUUGCAUGUUAGAGAAAUUACAGAAUACUUUCAUGGAUAUGUAAGCAGGGAAGAAUCCAAUCCACUUCGUAUUUUCGUGAUUGUAAGAGACUUUCUGGGAAUGUUAGAUCAUGUCUGUAAAGAACUUAAGAGCCUCAAAGUCCCUAGCAGUCCAAACCCUCUUGCUCCAUUUAGGUAGACUGGAUCUUUGCAUUGCGUGUUUAGAGGAUUAUCAUCCAAUCACCAACUUGAAUGUAACCUUCUUUUUAUGAAUUUCGUGUGGAUUUUUUAGCUUGUUUA